AUGUCUCUCGACCCGCCAGCAUACGUCCUGUCGCUCCAGAACAACAUCAGGGCGCGACCAAUCUCGUGGGAAGGAGCUGUACGAGCAAAGACAAUCACCGACCAGGACCUCAAGAAGAUCAAGUCGAUAGACAAGGUCCGCAAGGAACAGCGCAGACAGACCGUCGAGACCGAUCCCGCCAGCUAUGCCGCUCUCGUUCUGGGCUCCGACGACAACCCCAGCAUCUUCAACUCUGCCGCCAAGCGCUCCGACAUUGUCCAGUACAUGCUUGUCUUGACUGGCGACCUUAUCGAAGACGUCCCAUCAUUUGUAGCCAAGCUGCUCGAACACGCCGACCCCUACGCUCCCUUUGUGCCGCUCCUUAAGCAGUCAGCAAACCCCGAAGACGCCAUCCCUCUACUCGCAUCAUGCGUCCUGUCAAGUCUCAUCUCUCACGGUCUCAUGACUGGUGGCCCCCAAGCCGAGCAAAUUGACAAGGCCCUGCCCAAGCUAUACUCGUACAUUUCAACCCUUGCAAGAAGGUCCGACAGCAACCUUCAAGACAUUGCUGUUCAGGAGUACUCGGCUCUGUUGCGCACCGCAAAGUCGCGUCAGCUGUUCUGGGAGCAAAGAAACGAUACCGUCACUCCUCUGUUCAAUAUUUUGACCAACGCUACUGGAGGUGCUGUAAGAGACACUGAUUCAACCUUGAUCAGUGGUGGAAGCAUUCGCAGCAUUGCCGAUUCUCAGAUCAUCAACAACGUCGGUCUUCAACUGCUAUACCAUGUCCUGCUUGUCAUCUGGCAACUGAGCUUCGAGGGCAAGCUGGUCGGUCGUGGUCUCGAUGAGGAGCACGACAUCAUCGUUCUUUAUGCUGCUCUCCUUCGCAUCUCCCCCAAGGAAAAGACCACUAGACUUCUCCUCGCUACUCUCACAAACCUUCUUUCAACCAACCGCGAGACUCUGAUGCCUGCCGUUAUCCCUGCUCGCCUUCCCGCAGUACUCCAGAACCUACAGGGCCGUCAUCUCAACGACGCCGACCUCCUCGAGGACCUCAAAUCUCUUCAAUCCAUGGUCGAGGAAUUCCAAAAGACACAAACAACCUUCUCUGAGUACGCCGCAGAAGUCAAUUCUGGUCACCUUCGCUGGUCUCCACCCCACCGCAACCAGGCCUUCUGGAGCGAGAAUGCCCGCAAGAUCCUCGAGGACAACAAGGGCGAGCUGGCCAAGAAGCUUGCAGAGAUUCUGUCAAAGUCGUGGGACAACGACAAGCAAGUGCUGGCCAUUGGCUGCAACGAUGUCGCAUGUCUUGUCAAGGAAGUGCCCGAGAAGAGACACCAGAUGGAGAAGCUCGGUCUGAAGACUCGUGUCAUGGAGCUCAUGCAACACAGCGAUGAAUCUGUGCGCUGGGAGAGUUUGAGAGCAGUCGGUGAAUGGCUCAGAUAUUCCUUUGAGCAAAAAUAG